GAGAUAGAGAGAGAGAAUGAGAGUGAUAGUGAGAGUGAGAGACAGAGAGAGAGACAGAGAGAUGUGAUAACAGUGACAGAAUUGUUCUAUGAUGACACCCGGAUUAAUGUUUGACGCUCUGUCAUAUUAAAGAAUAGCCACAUUACAAAUCCGUGUCGGACACAUCAGAGUCAGACCGAACCUCGUAGUCAACAUCUCCGCGUGUGGAUUCCAACUUGAAGAAGAAUUUUGGCGGUUAAUUACGUGUCACAGGCUCUGCUGGUCCUGGCAUCUCCCUCUGGACCUGGGGUGUGUCGGGGGCUAUGGUGAGGACAUGUGCCUCAGCGGGAGGACUGGAUGUCAUGGAGGAGAUGGAUUGGGGCUGCGGAGAGGAUUGGAUAAAGUGUUGGAGAGAGGAGGACUGGGCACAAUGCUUGGGAAAGAGAGAAGACUGGAGAGAGGGAGGGCGAGAGAGAGAGGGCAGGGAACCGGGACAGGGCUGGGGCAGGAGACAAGGCUUGGGGGAGACCUGGGAGGCUGGUCAUUCACCCUGCUGGUCCUGCUCCUCCUCCUCCCCCCRGUGUUCCCCCAGUGCCCUGACAGCUGCCACUGUGUGUGGGAGAGCAGCAUGGUGCUGUGUAUGGACGCUGGGCUCCGUGAGUUCCCCCAGGGCCUUCCUCCGGACACCGUCACCCUCCACCUGGAGAGGAACUACAUCCGCUCGCUCCCCGAGAGUGCCUUUAGGGAGCUGACCCACCUGAGGGAGCUGUACCUCUCCCACAACCGCAUCGACACCCUCUCCUCCGGGGCCCUGCGCCACCUGAGCUCAGAGCUCCGUCUCCUGGACCUCUCCCACAACCAGUUACGCCAGGCCAGCCGGGACGAGUUCAGUUCCACGCGGGCCAAGACACGCCUCUACCACAACCCGUGGCACUGCGACUGUACCCUGCAGGAGCUGAUGGAGACGUUAAAUCUAGAGCCGGAGACGGUCAACGGGAUCGUGUGUGAGAGCUCGGUGAGGAGCGCCGGGGAGGUGAGUCGCUGGGAGGAUCCAGGGGGCGCAGGGGAGCACGCCGGUCAACCGCUGGUUAAGUUGCUCGACUCUGGGGUGAACUUCUGUAAUCUCCAGCGGAAGACCACGGAUGUGGCCAUGCUGGUGACCAUGUUCCUGUGGUUCUUCAUGGUCAUUGUUUAUGUGGUCUACUACGUGAGACAGAACCAGGCUGAGACCAGAAGACAUCUGGAGUAUCUGAAGAGUUUGCCCAGUCCGAGGAAAACACUCACGGAGACAGACACGAUAAGCACUGGUCUCUGAACUAUUUAUUUAUUGCCU